AUCGAAGUUCGUGUCCCUAAGAAGCGCCAUCGCUAAUUGUGUUCUCAUUUAUGUAAAGUGUGAAAGAAUUCAUAUUCAAACAUGUGUUCGUUGUUGAAAAAGGUACAUGUAGUGCAACGACGCCAUUAAUUGUUUGAUAUUAGCAAACGAUUAUUAAUCAGCAUAUGCAGUGAAAUCUUUGGAAAACUUGGAGCCGCGGAAAAUCAUUAACUGUACAAAGAAGUCUACAAAUUUCGCAACCGCGUGCAGCUGUAUCUGGUUUAAAAUAUACGAAAUAAAGUCGAUAGUUAAAUAAAGUUCCCUGUAUACACACUAAAUUUUCUAUUGAAAGGCGGUACUUUGGUCAUUAAUAAAUAAUGAAGUACAUUUUGGUUACUGGCGGUGUUAUCAGUGGCGUUGGCAAAGGUGUUAUCGCAUCAUCCUUCGGAACCCUCUUGAAAUCAUGUGGUCUUAAUGUGACAUCAAUUAAGAUAGAUCCAUACAUCAAUAUAGAUGCAGGAACAUUUUCGCCAUACGAACAUGGUGAAGUUUACGUAUUAGAUGAUGGCGGCGAAGUCGAUUUGGAUUUGGGAAAUUAUGAGCGAUUUCUGGACAUAACUUUGCACCGUGACAACAAUAUAACAACUGGUAAGAUCUACCAAAAAGUUAUUGAGAAAGAACGGACCGGUGAAUAUUUGGGUAAAACUGUGCAAGUUGUACCUCACAUUACUGAUUCCAUUCAGGAGUGGGUAGCUCGGGUAGCACAACGCCCAGUACAAGGAAAUUCACAGCCGCAAGUGUGUAUUGUCGAAUUGGGUGGCACGAUUGGUGACAUUGAGGGUAUGCCUUUCGUUGAGGCCUUUCGCCAAUUCCAAUUUCGUGUGAAACGUGAAAAUUUUUGCGUCGCACAUGUCUCGCUUGUGCCAUCGCCACGUUCCACCGGUGAACCGAAAACAAAGCCCACCCAGAGCUCUGUGCGUGAAUUGCGCGGCUUCGGCUUGAGUCCUGAUUUGAUUGUUUGCCGCUCGGAGAAGCCAAUUGGACUGGAAGUGAAGGAAAAAAUUAGUAAUUUCUGUCAUGUUGCUCCCGAUCAAGUUAUAUGCAUACACGAUCUGAGCUCAAUUUAUCAUGUGCCGCUCUUGAUGGAACAGAACGGAGUGAUAGAGUUUCUCAAUGAGCGUCUGCAGUUGAACAUCGAGGCAGCAAAGCGCGAGAAAUGCUUACAGCAAUGGAAAGACCUGGCACGCCGCUCCGAGACUCUCCGUGAAGAAGUGAACAUUGCCAUAGUCGGUAAAUAUACACGCCUGGAAGACUCCUAUGCAUCAGUGGUGAAGGCACUUCAACAUGCAUCUCUAGCUGCGGGUUUUAAAUUGAAUUUAAAGUUCAUUGAGGCUUGCCACCUGGAGAGUGGGACGCGGGACAAAGACCCUACCAAAUACCAUGAGGCUUGGAUGCAACUUUGUGAUAGUGAUGGUGUUGUGGUGCCAGGUGGAUUUGGUUCGCGUGGCAUGGAAGGAAAAAUUGUUGCAUGCAAUUGGUGCCGUGAAAAACAAAAGCCAAUGCUAGGUAUUUGCCUAGGCCUCCAAGCAGCCGUUAUUGAAUUCGCACGCAAUGUGCUCGGUCUAAAGGAUGCUAAUACUACAGAAAUUGAUCCGAAAACCGGUAAUCCGCUAGUAAUUGAUAUGCCAGAGCAUCACACUGGCCAAAUGGGUGGAACUAUGCGUCUAGGUAGACGUACAACCAUUUUCUCUGAUGAGAAUAGCGUUAUCAAAAUGCUUUACGGAAACCCGAAAACAGUCGAUGAACGACACCGCCAUCGGUAUGAAGUAAAUCCUAAGUAUGUGUCCACAUUGGAGGAACACGGCAUGCGCUUUGUGGGCUAUGAUGACGAGAAAAGACGUAUGGAGAUUGUUGAGCUGCGUGAUCAUCCAUAUUUCGUUGCUACACAGUAUCAUCCAGAAUACUUGUCACGGCCACUUAAACCCUCUCCACCAUUCCUUGGCUUAAUAUUGGCGUCGAAGAAGCGUUUAACCAGCUAUUUGGCGCGUGGCUGUCGUCUAUCGCCACGCCAGCUUUCCGAUGCCUCAUCUGACGAGGAUAUAUCUGCUGAGGAAUGUGAAAGACUCGUAAACGCUGUUAAGCCAUUGCAGUUAAAUGGACAUUUAUCGCCUGUAAAUCCUACGCGUCUUCAGAAUGGUCGCUCUAAGAAUUUUCAGUCGAAUAUCGAGGGGAAAACCAUAGUGGACACUGGACUGAAUGGUGAAAAACCAAAUGGGGAUAUUAAAAUAAACUCAACAACGGAAAACGAGGGCAAUGGAGAUGCACAUUAAAUACCAAUAAGGCCGGACUUCCCUGAAAUACUUUGAAUUAGAUAGUGAAACUUUAAAUGGUGAAUUAUAUUAGAUUUUUUUCUAUUAGAGCACAUCGUCACCUGAAAUGGAAAAAGACGUAACAACAUCGUAACUGAAAUG